GAUUUUCCCGCCAAUUUCGAUCCUCGCGGAGGGAAGAGCGAAGCCAGAAGUCUCACUUCAGCUACUUGCGUCUGCCGCAACUCCACCUGCUCAUCUUCUUCCUUCCUCUCACUCUGCUACGCGCGCAACCAUGAAAACCCUAGCAUUUUAGUUGUGGAACUUCAUUAAGCUGUUCUCCAAAUUUUGUUCCGAGGAAACUUCUUUCCCUUGGUGUGAUAUGGCGAGGCUUCUUCGGAAUGCGUCUCCGUUGAAUUUCUCCUUUUUCAAACACAAGGGAUUCUGGAGCCUAAUGCCCGGAAUAUCUAAUCAAACUAACGGAUUUUCUUCGAAAGGUAGAAGAAAGUUGAAGUCUGGUAGUGGCUUUGAAGAGAAUGUGUCGAAGAAAGAGGUUGCUCUUCGAAAAGCCCUUGAUCAGAUCUCCUCAUCUUUUGGCAAGGGCUCUAUCAUGUGGCUUGGUCAGUCUGUCUGUUCUAAUCACGUCCCUGUGGUAUCAACAGGUUCCUUUGCCCUGGAUAUAGCACUUGGAACUGGUGGACUUCCAAAGGGACGCAUUGUGGAAAUAUUUGGUCCAGAGGCUUCUGGGAAGACAACCCUUGCACUGCAUGUAAUUGCUGAAUCACAGAAGGAAGGAGGUUAUUGUGCUUUCAUUGAUGCGGAGCAUGCUCUUGAUCCAGCACUGGCUAAGUCUAUUGGGGUGGACACCAGUAAGCUGCUUCUUUCACAACCAGAUUCUGGCGAACAGGCUCUAAGCCUUGUAGACACCCUAAUUCGGCGUGGUUCCGUUGACGUUGUUAUUGUUGACAGUGUAGCUGCGCUUGUUCCGAAGAAUGAAUUUGAUGGUGCAGUGGGUGAUUCUCAUAUGGCAAUGCAUGCUAGACUGAUGAGUCAGACACUUAGAAAACUGACUCACUCUUUAUCAUCAUCACAAACACUUUUGGUAUUUAUUAAUCAGGUGAGGUCAAACAUUUCAACUUUUGAAGGAUUUGGUGGCCCGACGGAAGUUACUUGUGGUGGAAAUGCAUUAAAAUCCUAUGCUUCAGUGCGCCUAAACGUUAAAAGUAUAGGACUUAUCAAGAAGCUUGAUGAGACGGUAGGUAGUCAAGUUCUUGUGAAGAUUGUGAAGAAUAAGAUGGCUCCUCCAUUUAGAAGCGCUCAAUUUGAGCUGGAAUUGGGCAAGGGAAUUUGUCGGGAAACAGAGAUUAUUGAUUUGGGGUUGAAACACAAAUUCAUCUCGAAGGCUGGUUCGAACUACAGUUUCAAUGGUCAGAGUUUCCGUGGAAAAGAUGCCCUAAAAAGGUUUCUAAAUGAGCAUGAAAGUGCUAGGGAAGAAUUUAUUAUUAAGCUCAGGGAGAAGCUACUUUGUGUGGAGAAAAGCGAGGAAGCUCAUGCUGUGGAAGAAGAUUUUGCGAUUGUAUGAUGGGAAGAUGAGCAUGUUUGAAAGAACUUUCUAAUGGCUUAAAAAGUAUGCUUAAGUGAAAAAUGUAUUUUUAAGCCCUAAAAAAGUCAUUCCAAAUAGGUGAAAGAAUCAUUGAUGAUAGUUGCAUUGCGACCGGAUGCAAAAUCGAUUUCUUUGGGGUUGUUUUCCUGAGUUACUAUGCAAAUUGGAAAGGCUUUUGAAAUGUUGUUAUUGAACUUAUUUGACACAUAUUAGUGAUGGUGAUCGGAGGUCCAAUGUUUAACAUC